GUGAACACCAUGUGAUGAAAUGUAAAGUUGAAAAGCUCAUGCCCUGCAGAUCAGUGAAGAAGCUUCAAGGAAAGAGCACAGCUUUUAUCCGGUAACAGAAAGUGAAACUUACUGACAUUCACUGACGUUUAGAGUAGAAAUGGCGCAGCAAGUGUUUCAGCUGGACCGAGAGAAACUCAACUGUUCAAUCUGUCUGGAUCUUCUAAAGGAUCCUGUGACUAUUCCCUGUGGGCACAGCUACUGCAUGGGCUGUAUUAAAGACUGCUGGGAUGAGGAGAAUGAGAAGAAGAAAACACAAAGCUGCCCUCAGUGCAGGCAGAGCUUCACACCGAGGCCUGUCAUGGUGAAAAGUACCAUGUUAGCAGAGUUAGUGGAGGAACUGAAGAAAGUAGGACUUCAAGCUGCUUCACCUGAUCACUCCUAUGCAGGACCUGGAGACGUGGCCUGUGAUUUCUGUACUGGGACGAAACUUAAAGCCUUCAAGUCCUGUCUGAUGUGCAUGGCCUCUUACUGUGAGCAACAUCUCCAGCCUCACUACAAUGUAGCUCCAUUAAAGAAACACAACCUGGUUGAAGCCACUUCAAAGCUUCAGGAGAACAUCUGCUCUCGUCAUGACGAGGUGAUGAAGAUUUUUUGCCGCACUGAUCAGAAGUCCAUCUGUUAUCUCUGCUCCAUGGAUGAUCAUAAAGGCCAUGACACAGUCUCUGCUGCAGCUGAAAGGGCUGAGAGGCAGACGGAGCUCGGGGUGAGUCAGCAAAAAAUCCAACAGAGAAUCCAGGACAGAGAGAAAGACGUCAAGGUGCUUCAGAAGAGGGUGGAGGCUAUCAAUCUGUCUGCUGAUAAAGCUGUGAGGGACAGUGAGAAGAUCUUCACUGAGCUGAUCCGUCUCAUUGAGAAAAGAAGCUCUGAGGUGAAGCAGCAGAUCAGAUCCCAGCAGGGAAAUGAAGUGAGUCGAGCUAAAGAGCUCGAGGAGAAGCUGCAGCAGGAGAUAACUGAGCUGCGGAGGAAAGACACUGAGCUGGUGAAGCUCUCACGCACAGAGGAUCACCUCCAUUUCCUGAACAACUACCGCUCUCUGUCACAUCUGAGUGACUCUAAAGACUUACCCACCAUUGAUAUCCAUCCUCUGUGCUCUUUUGAUGAUGUGACAGCAGCUGUGUCAAAGGCCAGAGAUAAACUACAGGCUGCUCUGAAUGAGGAGUGGACAAAGAUCUCAGUGGCAGUGACUGAUGUCGAUGUUAUACCGCCUCAAAGAGAGCCCCAAACCAGAGCUGAAUUUAUGAAAUAUUCUUGUCAAAUCACUCUGGAUCCAAAUACAGCAAACAUACGUGUUUUAUUGUGUGACAGAAACAGAAAAGCAACAUUGAUGGCGGUAGACCAGUUAUAUUUGGGUCACCCAGACAGAUUUAUUCGCUGGUGGCAGGUCCUGAGUAGAGAAGGUCUGACUGGACGGUGUUACUGGGAGGUGAAGUGGAACAGGAGAGUUCUUAUAGCAGUUGCUUACAAGAAUAUUAGCAGAACAGGAUCUAGUGUUGAAUGUGGAUUUGGACAUAAUGACAAAUCCUGGGCGUUAGAUUGUUCAGGUGGUGGUUAUAAAUUUAUUCAUAAUAAUAUUAGUACUUCCAUCUCAGGCCCUCAGUCCUCCAGAAUAGGAGUUUAUCUGGAUCAUAGGGCAGGUACUCUGUCUUACUACAGCGUCACUGAAACCAUGACUCUCCUCCACAGAGUCCAGACCACGUUCACACAGCCUCUCUAUCCUGGAUUCUGGCUUCCAGGCCUUAGUGGAGACACUGCUGAGUUGUGUGACCUGAAGUAGUUCAGAGAGUGAUUCAGCUGUGCUGCUGCAGUAUAUAUUGAGGUGUGUCUGCACUGCAGAGAUCAAACAUAGUGGGUGGGACUGUGACGUUUGUCUUCAUUUUAUGUUUUCAUUGUGUCAGUUCAAUGAAAUGCUGAAAUGAAAGUCAUUUGAUUCAUAUGUUAUAUUUACUAAACAUUUUCUUUAUAUUCUGUGCAUGGAAAAUAUUGUAUAUGUGAAAUAUCAAAAUGAAAAAUCUGUUUCUGUCCUGCUUAAAAUUGAAUUUGGUCAUUAUAUAAAUGGACUUAAGUAUGUCAACACGAGUUAAAAGAAGUCAUGUAUGUAACGAUGUAAACAGAACCUUGAAUGUAAUUUUAGUUGUAUCAUAUCUUCAUGAACAUCAUUUGUAUAGCCUGAUGUUUACUCUUUAGUACUUUACAUACUGCUCUCUGUACUACUGAGCUGCUGUUGCAAUGAUAUUGCAAAAUAAUACUACUGUUUUGUUUGUUGGACAUGAUAAGUACAUGAGAAAUAUGUGUGAAACUGGAUACUCUGUUUAAACUGAUAUGAUUUUAAAUUUAACCUGAAAAAUAGUUUUCUGAUCAUCUUUUUAAGAGUGAUUUCAAAUGUCUUUACGUGGUAGAAACAUUUAUGAAAAGUCAUUGUUGAAAAUAAAUAAAUAAUUAAC